CUCUUCUGAAAGUGUACAAAAAGUGUGCAGAAACAUAUCUCCGGGUGAAAAAAAGUGACUAUUGUGGAGCUGCCGCCAGGUAGUGUCCGGUUUUUCUCACUCGCAAGCUGUAAGAAUCUAUGGUAGUCAGUAUAUAAGAUGGUACAAGUUAUAAUUAUAUAUUAUAAAAUAAUACGUGUGCAUGAAUGUAGGCGUAUGCGUUUAUGAUUCGGCAUUGCGAAUGCGUAAAUAAUUAUAAAGUGUAUGUAAAUUAAAUAAAUAACCCAAUAAACAAACAAGUAUUCUAAAAUCGCACUUAAAGAUAACUUUCUCUAGGUAAACGGAUACUUUAAAGAAAUUCUGAAAAGAAUCAUUUAAGAUGGUUUAUAGGUUGUGGAGUGUCCAGUCGACAGGUGUCUUUAUGGAGUCGCAAAGCUCUUAAAGUGAUCUUUACGAUGCCAUCUUAAAUGAUUCCUAUCAGAAUUUCUUAAAGACGUCUGUUUACCCAGAGAAAGUCAUCUUUAAGUGCGCUUUUAGAAAACUUGCUGUUUAUUAGGGCGCCACCAUUAAAACCGCGGCUAACUCGCGACUCUCACACUAGGCGCGACGCACGAAGUUCAAACGCACAUUAUAAAAACGUCGAAACUCGAAAACUCGGGAAGCCCUAGAAAACCGUAGAAUGCGGGAUUAUCACUCAUCGCUCGAAGGGCUAUAGAACAUAAACCGGCCGAGCCAUAAAGAGGGCCAUAAAACGCCACAAAAACCAAGACCCGAGACGACGGCCAAGGAGGGCCUGGGAAUGCCCAGACGUCAUCUGGCAGGAUUAGGACGAUGCCUUUUUUCCCCGGGGUUUUACGUAAAACCGGGUACCCGGCCUUGCCGCUUCCCACCAUCACGGCCGUCAGCAUCCCUCUCCAGCACUCGGAUCUACCAGGAGGAGGGAACGGAGGCUACGUGCGGCAGAGAAGAGCACCCCAGAGACAGAUUGGUUCGAGCCGCGCUCCAGAGCACUUCACAGUUUUUCUGUACCUUUUGAGACUAAAUAAACGCAAACUUAGAGCUUGUUCUAAGUUCUGCCCACAGUUGAAAUGCAAGCUACGCUAUUUUCUCCUAACUAAAACCUGCUAAGAGCGGCUCCUGUCCCAACAUCUCCCGGGAGCAACGCCGAUUGAAAAGGCGCGCGCUCCACGCUACCACCUUUCACCAACCGAACACACCGGGCUAUUACACUUUUUCGUCAGCUGCCACUUCUACUAACCUUCUAUUUCUCUUAUUUCUAUGCUUGUGUUAGUUAAUCGCAUGUUUGUGUAAGAGAUAUUGUACCCAAACAAUAGCUUUCUUUUUCUCUCGUUCAUCUGCAUGACCGUCACCGUGUAUAAUUCUCGAUGAAGAAUAAUAUGAUCGUAUCGCCAUAGCAUAUUUACACACUUAAAAUUAUGUGUGUAGGUACACAUAUGAUUAUAGAAUACUGUCACAAGUGUAUUAUGAAAAGUUUAAGUUCAUGACAUGGAUGCUUAUAUGCGGUAGAAAAAAAAGUUGACCUAAAUGGCAGUAUAGUUUACAAAGAUUAUAUUACCAUGAAGAACGUUUGAGGCUUGUAAAAUAUUUUUAUACAUAUUUUAAACGUGGAAAUACCCUUCAAUGAGUCAUACUGUGCACAUUAUUUAAAUAUACCCAUUACCUAUCCUUACAUAUAAAAGACUCUAGGAAAAUUUCUUGUGUAUCAUACACGAUGAUGAGAUAUAAAUUUCUUAUUAAUUAAAACGCAUGCGCGUGUAUAUAUUACAUUAUAAUUAAAAUUAACAACAAUAAUAUUAAAUUUUAUAUUUAAAUUGUUGCUCGUUUAAAACUUAUCUUUUAUAAUUAAAUAAAUUGUUCUGGUUAAUUAUUAAUUCUUUUUGCCGUUUUCUCACAUACACACGCAUAACUUACUUAUAUAUGUGUAUGACAACUACGUUGAGUAACUUUAUACUUGCUCAGCUUCUUUGUUUCUUAUCUGUCAAGUUAUAUGAAAGCACUGUUAUUGUUCCAAGUUUUUUAUCGUUCAGUCAUUCUUCUGACAUACUCUUAUAAGCAAGAUACUAAAUAUUAAUUUAAUAUACUGCUUUUCAAUUUAAUUCGUAAGUAAUAAAAUUUUGCAGUAACUUUAAUAAGUACCAAAAGUAUGGUUCAGUAAUUUAGCAUCUGAUGAAAUUUCGUGAGUGAAUUGUUAAUACAGAAAGUAAAUCUGUCGGUAACAAAAGUGCAUAAUGAUUAAUAUACAUAUUUAAGCGACGUUAAUACAACAAAAAAAGUACAUAAUUUUGAUAUUUAUAGUGUUAAUAAAGUACGAAUAUGUUUAAAUUUACCAAAAAGGCUAAAAAGAAAUUGAAAAUGGCUGAAUCUCGAGUAAAAUUCGACGAAGACAGCAGCAACGGAUUGUUUAUUGAGGAAAAAUAUAUUCCAGAGGAAAUUUUGUCUUUAAUAUUAUGCUACGUUGACCAUAAAACACUUCUCGCUUGCCAGCUGGUUUGCAAGCAGUGGCAAUUUAUAAUGCAAGACUUCGUUUGGCAUAAGAUAGCAGAAUUGCGUUUAGGACGUGUAAUACCCAAGAAUAAGAGUGUACCUUGGCAAUUGUACUAUUUUAGUUGUACCAAACCAUUUGAAAAGAAUCUAAUUAAAAAUCAUUCCGGAGAACUGGGACUCAAUGCUCAUUGGACAGUUACAGCAUCAGGUGGAAAUGGCUGGAAAGUUGAAGCACCUCCUCACGGUGUUCCUCCAUUACCAGAUGAUCCAGUUUUUGAAGACAAAGUUUAUUGUUUUGUUACUUCUUUUUAUGUAAAUCCUAGUAGUAGACAUGCUCAAAAUGUUGAUAUUUUGUCAUGUCAUAAAUUUCAAAUAGUUGAUCUUAUUAAAGAAGGCUUUGCAGAAUAUUUGUUGGAUAAUUUUCAACCGAAAAUAAAGGUUAGUGAAUGGAUAGCUAGUCGAUGGGAUUGCUCGGCUACUUAUGGAUGCGAUUUUCAAUUAAUAGGCGUGAAGAACAAAAAAAAAGUAAGAGUUUUCGAUUUCAAAAGAAUGAUUACAGAAUUAAAGGCGGAAAAUAACACCCAAAAUGAAUGGAUCAAAGUUGAAUACACAUUCGAAGGUUAUGGUAAAGGACUGAGAAAAAUUAAGUUCAUGCAUGGUGGUCAAGAUAGGCGAUUUUGGAGGGGACAUUACGGUUCUAAAAUGGCAGGUGCUUGCGUCAAAGUUGAAAAUCCUCUCUUUGAUGUUGAUAAUGAUUCUGUAUAAGUGCUUCUCAAAGUAUUGCUUCUGUCCAGUAUAAAACUGUUCCGAACACUUUAAACUGAGCUGUGUUAAUAACUCAUGAAACAUAUUUUUUGCUCACUUAUAAAAUAUUUAAAGUUUAUGGGUUCUUAGACUAGCUGAAUUAAAAACAAAUUUUACCUUAAUAUAAAAUAAGUAUGCAUACAUUAUAUAUGUAUAAGAGAUAUUAAAAUAAAUUAUUUUUCUAAGUAUAUCACACGGA